GACCAGUUGCACCCAGUCAACUAGUCAUCGUCACCCUGUGCCGGUCGCCAUUGUUUGAGAUCAUUCCAAACUGAUGGAGGCUGUUGUGUCUGGCAAACCGAACACAAAAUGGAUGAACAGUCGAGGCAUAUUCGGUUUCUACGUCUUGAUUGUGUUUCUCUUGUACUUCGUUCUCUUGAGUGUUCCUUUCAUCGCUUCUCCCGUCGCCUGGACGCUCACGCAUUGCAUUCAUAGCGCGUUUAGCUAUCUCUUCCUGCAUUGCCUCAAAGGCUCACCAUUCCAGAAUGACGGCAACCAAGGCAAGUCGCGACCGCUCACUCACUGGGAGCAGAUCGACGACGGCACACACUGGACAACAACAAAGAAACUACUAACCAUCGUUCCUAUCGCUCUGUUCUUCGUGGCGAGUUUCGUCACAAACUACAGUCCCAUGCACUUCCUAGUCAAUGGACCGUUUCUUGCUCUUGCUUUGCUGCCCAAGUUUCCUGUUUUCCAUAAACGACGCUUUUUCGGUAUCAACGAAUACUAACCCGGGUAUACAAUUGUACGUAUUUGUGUAAGCCAAUACUGGGUACGUACUGCAACGGACAGUGACAUUAAUAUUGUAUUGCGUACAUAAACAGAGAAAUAAACAAUAAACACAGCAAGUGAAUGAACG